AUGAAUACUGCCAAAUUUCACAAUCGAAGUUUGUCUUACUCUAAAUUAAAAAGUACCAAUAGAAUAAUUAAUGGUUAAUUCAGUGAACCAAAUCAAUUAAGUUCCAGCAUUUUGUAAUAAACACAUGAGCAACAUUCAUUUCCAAAAGCGAAAAGAUUUCCAUCAGUUUCAAGAGAAUCAACACCUAAAAUGCUUUUGUUAAGUGAUACAAAAACAAAAAGGUCCACAUCCUUUGGAUUUGGUACAAAGCUUAUUAAACCUUUGGACUUGGAAAGGAGAGAUCGAUUAAAUCCUGCUCCUGGAGACUAUUAAGUAAAGGUCUUAUAGAGUACAAAAUCAUUUUCUUUCGGAAAUAAAUUAGCUAAAAUUGAUCGCUAAGAAGUGCCUGGUCCAGGAUAAUAUCAAUUUAAACUAUUAUCAAAAACUCCUUAAUUUAGCAUAUAUGGAAAGAUAAUUGAAAAGCAAGUAUUGCCCAAGUAAUAGGCCUCCUUUGUUACCUAUAACCCAAAAGAGGCUUUGACUUUGAAUUAACGGUUUAAUAAGAUUUCCUUUGGAAUAGGAGAGAGACCAAAACAAACUUUCAAUGAAUAAAUUCCUGGACCAGGAUCUUAUCAAUGCAAAUCCUUAUUCGAUUUGAUUUGUGAAAGGAGAAAUUAAAAAGGCUCGCCUUGA